AAAAUUAAAUUUAAAUCACAAACAUAUGGAUGACGUGUACGAAGGGUCCUUCGCACUUCCGGGUUUGGAUAAACAGACGCCUGUGGAGUCGGCUCGGCUAAAACAUGUCCAAAGUAACGUUUAAAAUCACGUUAACGUCGGACCCCCGGCUGCCAUUCAAAGUUUUAAGUGUACCAGAGAGCACACCAUUCACAGCUGUGCUGAAAUUUGCAGCUGAAGAGUUCAAAGUUCCUGCAGCUACUAGUGCCAUUAUCACAAAUGAUGGAAUAGGAAUUAACCCUGCACAAAUGGCAGGCAGUGUGUUCCUGAAGCACGGCUCAGAGCUGCGGCUCAUUCCUAGAGACCGAGUGGGAGGGAGAGGAGACUGACUCACUGCAGACCCCAGCCUACGGAGUCCAGGAGACACCUCAAACCAACGCAUAUAUUUAUUUUAUUUAGAUCCCAACUGACAGUGAUGAGUACAGGGAGAUCCAAACUGCACAAGCUAAUGCAGCUAGAUUGUGUAAUUAGUGCAUCUUUAUUCACAUAAAAGGACUCAUGUUCUGAUUAGGCACAACAUUGUCAUGAUCGAUCUAUUGCUGGUCUUUAUAUAAGAUGCAGCACCUUAACCACACACCUAAUUACCUUGCCCUGUGUAGGUAUUAUGGGCCAUUUGGACAGAGACCGCUGCAGUUUGGGAACACACCAAGAGUUGUUGUGGUCCAGUUUUCUAGCCAUCACUUAAAGCUGCACUAUGUAACUUUUCUGUUAUGAAUCUGGCGUCUGUUGUCUCCUUGGACAUGUUGCUUUGCUUGGAAUGUUCCACACCCAUUAUGGCAUUAAACGUAUCAGUCUUUCAUUGUA